CCCAGUAUGCAAGAGAACGUGUCCAGUGAGGCACCCACGGCAGGCCAUUCUCUUGUAACUGCCCUUCUUAGACCUUCAACGUUAGCUCACAAAGAAGAGCAUUCGACAUUGUUGCCAGAAUUGGACUCUCUUAGCCCAUCGCCCAUUCCCCAGUUAACUUCAACUGUACAUUACCAACAUUAUCCAGUAUCAGGUAUUACCGUCAGAACAAAUAAUAUGUCUUUCAAUGAAACGUCUGUCACUCCUGAAGUUCCCAGCACCCCAAGAGCAAGAAUUACACACCCUUUUAAUGAACCAGUGACGAUCGCCAUUGUUUUGGGAGUGAUUGCUGGUAUCGUUGGAACUAUUCUUUUCAUUUAUUACUUAAUCAGUCUAAUAACAAAGAAAAGCUCAGUUGACAUACACCCUCCCAAGGAUGAAGACACGGAUGUGCCGCUAAGUUCCAUUGAGCAGAGCGUUAUUCAAGAAGAGCAUGACAGUGUCUGAAAGACCUCAGAGAGAACACAAGACUACAGUCAAUGGAAAAAGUAGUAGAAAUCAGACAUACCAGUACACUGUGUACCUUCCUGAGCUGUACAUUAUAAGAGAAAAUGUCACCA